CCGAGUCCCCUCGUCUCGCCUACCCAAUCGUGGUGCUCCAAAUCGGAGGGUUUAUCUCGGCAACCGUUAUCUCUUGUUGGUGGCCCGCGGAAUGGAGUCCGAGAUCUCCUAGUGUCGGUCGUGAUAAAAGGGUGUUGAGCGACCGUUGCAACUUUGAGACCCCGGUCUAUCUGAUUUCCGCUUGGGUUUCUAGUAGGUAGAAAGAAAGUUUUGAUUGACUACUCUCCUUUCUCCUCUAUUUCCAUCAUCAUGGAAACAUCGAGCCGUCCACGCCUCCACACCCUCGCCCACCGCGGCACAAUUCAAGGUCUCACCAUAUCAUCCACUCAAUCCUCCACCGACCUGUGCCACUACUUCGGCGGCGUCCGCUAUGCUCUCCCCCCUCUGCAACGCUGGCGUCGCGCCCGCCGACUCCCCUCGACAUUCACCUACGGCAGCAAAGAUGCCCCGGGUCGAUGUGAGACCGGUGCGGGGUUGUGUCCGCAACCCGGCUUUUUGAAUAUCUCGCCGGUGAACGAGGAUGCAUGGACGGAGGAUUGUUUCCAGUGUAAUGUUUGGGUGCCGUUGGGUGAGGCGCCGAGGGGUGGAUGGCCUGUUUUUAUGUUUAUUCAUGGAGGCUGGUUACAGUUUGGCUCGCCCAAUGGCUUCAAUGCGGCGGCCUUGCUGGGUGAGACGGACUUCAAGUGUGUGAUCGUGAUGCCGGCGUAUCGGGUGAAUCUGUUCGGGUUCUUGUACUCGGCGGAACUCGAGCAGGAUGCUGCUGCCGUAGGGGAGACGGUUGGUAACCAUGGAUUCUGGGAUCAAAGGUUGGCGAUGGAGUGGACCAAGGAGAACGUGCAUUUGUUCGGGGGGGAUCCGGAUAACAUCACCAUCUCGGGGUAUUCUGCUGGUGCAAACUCCGUCUUCCAUCAAUUGGCAUACGACCUCCGUCAACCAGACGACAAGGCCAUCGUUCGACAAGCAUGCAUCUUCUCCAAUUCCCCGGCAGUCCAACCCAAAGCCCCAGCGGAGACACAGCUUCAAUUCGACCAGCUCCUGUCCGCCCUCUCCAUCCCCCUCACACUCUCCGGCAACGAGAAACUCGCUCGUCUACGCGCCCUCCCGCCAAAACGACUCCUCGACGCAAUGGAAUCCAUCGAAAUCCACCAAUUCCGCCCAACAACCGACAACGGCUUCAUCCUGUCCAACCUCUUCCCAUCCCUCGACAACGGCGACUUUGCCCGCAAACUCCUGUCCCGCAACGUCCGACUGAUCCUCGGUGAAUGCGCAGACGAAAACUUCCUCUACAGCACCUGGUUCCCACCCAAAGCAAACACCCUAGACGCGCUCCGCACAAGACUCAUCGCCGACUACCCGGAGCGUAUCGUCGAUGCCCUUCUACCGCUACACUACCCGACCAAAUCGCUCCCGCCGAAUUGCCAGAACUGGACACCCGAUGCCUGGGGCCGGAUCUACGCCGAUAUACAGGUCUACCACAUGCAGCGCGGCCUGAUCCACGCUCUCACGGAGAAUACCGCCGGAAUCGAUGCGUCGCGGUUGAUUCACCGGUACAGGAUUGAGUUCCGGGCAAAGUGUGUUGACAAGGGGAUGCCGUUAGAGUGGGGAGUGACGCACGCGUCGGAUUAUCCGUUGUGGUUCUGGGGGAAUGGGGACGUGUUGACGGAGGCGGAGAAGAGGAGUACUGAGGAGGCGUUUAUUGGGCCGUUAAGUCGGUUUGUGAAGGGCGGCGAUGGUGAUGGUGAUGGAUUUGGAUGGGGGACUAGUGGGAAGCCGGUGAGAGUGUUGAGGGCCGAUGGGAAGGUGGAGAUUCGGGAAGAUGCGCUUUGGGAGGAAGGGGUUAAGGUGUGGAAGGCUUUGAGGGAUGUGGAUGUGGGUGAGAAGGCCAAGUUGUGAGGUUAUCUUUCUGUGUUCAAUAAAUUGUCUUGUCUAGGGGACGGUUCAUGUAUAGGGUUAUAAAUUGUGAAUCUAGAAUUGAAUAGUAAGUACUACAUCAGGAU